AUGGUAGGCAUGCUGUUUGUGUGGCAGACCUUCCUGUUUGUGUGGGCGUGUGCAGCGGCAGUUGAGGUUGGCGAGAAGCCGCGGCCGGUGAUCGACAUUGUGCGCGACGUGGAUAAUCUGGGCAGCAUCUGGCAGUUCAAGGGGACUAAUACGCUAAUCAGGCACCAGGGGCGUGAGAUAUUGGUGCGGCAUGGCGGCGACCAGUGGAGCACGGUGAAGAAGUUCGAUCAGGGGGUGAACACGGUUGAGGUAGAUCCCUACUACCCCGAGCGGCGCGCGUUCGCGUGGCUGGAGAACAACGAGCUGUACAAGACCGACGACUGCGGCAAGACGUGGGCGCGGGUGAUGCACGUGGAGGCGGAGCCCGGCGAGAACCUGCAGAGGUAUUCGGUGUACAGCAACCCGGACAACUACAAGUAUCUGAUGGUGACGUCGCACUUCGAGCGGAAGGACAGCAGCCCGGUGUUGGCGGAGUCAUACGAAAAGCAGUGGGUUUCGCAGGACGGCGGCAAGACAAUUGCGCCGCUGGGACAUCCAGACCCCGGCGUGUACAGGCUGUGCCACUUUCUGCGGCAGGCCAGGAACCACGAUGUGGCAAAGGACUCGACGAUCCUGUGCAUCGAGCAUGACGCCCAGAAACACACUGCCGUCCUCUACAGGACAGAUGACUUCGGAAAAAGCAAGCAGGCUCUUGACAGCUUUGAUGACGAGAUUGUCAGCUCCGUCGGCCUUUUGGGGAAGUAUAUCCUCGUCACCACCACCGAAGAUGCCUACAACAAACACGCUGUGCAGCAUGUUUGGGUCUCGAGGGAUGGAGACAAGUUCCAGAAGAUUAUAUUUCCGACGCAUAUACGAGACAAUUUCUUCCGUGCGGUGACGACUUCCACUGGCAACCAGAUUAUCUUUUCGAUUCCAGCAGGCAAACAUUCACACUCGCGUAAGAAUGCGUUGUAUGCCAACUAUAUUUCAGAUAGUUCUGGCAUUCAGUUCCAUGCAGUCGCCGACUCUCUAGAUGAACGUUAUAAGGAGCUGGGUCCUGUGAUGGCUCUUGACGCCAAUGGGACACUGUCGAUGGUCGCCCGGAAAAGCAGUACAGAAGACCAAGUCACACUCUUGUCCUACGACUAUGGCUACAGCUGGCAACCGAUGCACUUGGCGGAAGGAGAAGACCACAAAGCUUUGGGGUGCAGUAAGGGCGGAAAGGAAUGUGAACUACCUGUGCAGCUAUCGCAACUGGUGAGCAGUUCAGGCCUUGUAGGCCAUGGCGAGAGCGCAACGAGUGGCAUCCUAAUGGGAAUUGUUUUGAAAAAACGUGGAAGUCGGGGGCCACGAAAACAUAAAUAUCUAUCAGUCAUUUCUAGAGACUACGGUCUCACAUGGUCGGUCGCGUUCGAAUAUCCGGUACUCUCUUUUGCCGGGAACUAUGGAAACAUCCUUCUGGCUUGUCCCUAUAAUCCAGGUGAUGACGGAGAUCCCGAAGAAGAAAUCUACUAUUCUCUGGAUCAGGGCCAUACUUGGGAGGAGCACCAUAUUGAAGGCAAGUAUGAAUUUGUUCGUGUUCACUCUGCAAUCAGCGACGGCUCUAGUACCGCGUUUUCAUUUUUAGCUGUGGGUGACGAUCAAAACACAAUAGUGGUCGAUUGUAUCUUCACGGAUAUACAUAAUGGCAAAGAGUGCACGGAUGGUGAUAUGGAGGAGUACAAGUUAAGAAAUGGGAACUGUCUGAACGGCGCAAGAUAUACCAUCAAUAAAAGGAAAUCUGAAGCCGCAUGUCUUUUGAAAAACGACCCCAGCGUUAUUAAUCCACUUGUGAAGCCUUGUGACUGUACCAAUGCGGAUUAUGAAUGCUCACUUGGCUUUCUAGGCCUGCCUGACAAGGGUUGCACUGCUGAUUUGGGUAUGCUUCGGUCCGCGGGAGCAUGUAAGGAUAACCCUCGUGAGCUGAUGCCGAUGCACAAAAUUAAAGGAAAUGAGUGCACGAAGGAUCUCAACAUUGAACCGGUGAAGGUUGACUGUUCAGCAGUCCAAAAUCGUCCAGACAUUGAGGUAACUGCGCACGUCUUCAAAACACAAUUCGAGACUUACCAAUAUUUUAACUCGGCCGAAGAUGAUUCAUUGAUGGUUUUAACUAAAGAUAAGAGAGCCUUAAUAUCUCAUGACAGCGGUAAAACUUUUAAGAUGCUAGAUACAUUGGGGUCUGGGGCCGAACUGAUAACUUUUAACCGUUACUUUGGUGAUCUGGCGUAUAUUUUUGCAUCCGAUGAUGUGCUAUAUAUUACCGAUGAUAGAGGGUACCACUUUUAUGCUGUGGACCUACCAGAAGUGAGGCACCUGUUCCUUCCUUUAGCGUUCCACGCUAAAGAUAAUCAAACAUUUAUCUAUUUCGGCGGCAAAGACUGUGAAAAAUUGGGACCAAAGUGCCAUUCUACUGCAUAUAUAACGACAGAUGGUGGUAGGAAUUUCCGUGAAAUGCUUACAGGUGCAGUAUCUUGCGAAUUUGUGGGCUCUAUCUACUCUCACCCUGCAAACAAGGAUAUGAUCAUGUGUGAAAUUGAAAAUAAAAAGGAGCGCAGGAACAUUUUACUCCGCUCUACCGACGAAUUCCGCACUUCGGAUAAGGUUUUUGAUUCGAUUAUCGGUUUUCACACAACUGGCGACUUUACGGCUAUAGCUGUGUCUGAGGGACGUCAGCAGGUAAGCUCGUAUCUAACUAUCGAUGGUGUGCAUUUCAAUGAGUCUCGAUUCCCGCCCGAUUUUGUUGCACCAGAGAAACAACAAUCAUACUCUGUACUAUCUGCGCAUGAAGGGGCUAUAUUUUUACACAUGUCAAAGUCUCUGGUAAAACACAAAGAAUACGGCACAUUAGUCAAAUCUGAUUCUAAUGGUAUUGAUUUCGUGGUUUUAAAAGAUGGUGUUAACAGCAACGCUGAAGGAUUAGUGGAUUUUGAAACCCCGGAGGGACUAGAUGGUGUCAUCUUAAUCAACGUAGUAGAAAAUCUGGAUCAGGUUCAAAAAGGCAAAGCGAAGGCGAAACACUUGAAAACCGCUAUCUCGUUCAAUGAUGGAGUUGAUUGGAAGUAUCUCUCUCCUCCAGGAAAAGAUUCUUCCGGUAAGAAAUACCCGUGCCAUGGGAAAAACAGAGCAAAAUGCUCGCUAAACCUGCAUGGCUAUACUGAAAGGAAAGAUCUUAGAGAUACGUAUUCCUCUGGGUCUGCUAUUGGCUAUAUGCUAGGCGUGGGGAAUGUUGGCGAGCAUCUAUUGCCGUACGAACAGUGCUCGACUUUUCUCACAACAGAUGGGGGCGUUACCUGGACUGAGGUAAAGAGCACUCCUCAUCAAUGGGAAUUCGGAGAUCGGGGGAGCAUUAUUGUCUUGGUUCCGGAUGGCGUAAAAACCAAUUCGAUUACGUACUCCGUUGAUGCUGGACGAUCUUGGCAGGACUUUAAAUUCGCUGAUGAAGAGGUUAUAAUUGAUGAUAUCAUUACUGUUCCAUACGACACUUCCAUGCGGUUCCUGCUAAUUAGCAAAGAACAUUUACGUGGAAAGUCGAAGACAUAUGCAAUUUCGUUUGCACACAUCUUCAAGCGCCAGUGUGAAUUUCACCCAGGUGGCGGUAGGCAUAACGGUGACUUCGAGUAUACAUCAAUUAAACAUCCUGAUUAUAAAUGUUUAUUCGGAAAGGAGGUGGAAUUUCUCAAGCGUAUCAAGUACGAUUGUUUCAUUGGCAACGCCAGCUACACAAAGGAUUACCGUACAAGUAGGAUUUGUCCAUGCACCAGACAAGACUUUGAAUGUGAUUACAAUUAUAUCAGGACCUCCGAUGGCACUUGUAAGUUGCCCUCGGGAGUUAAGCCGGAGGCUCCUUCGGCCGUUUGCGAACGCAAUCGCGACUUGGUAGAAUAUUUUCAACCAACAGGAUAUAGAAAGAUACCAUUGUCAAAGUGUGAGGGUGGUCUGAAAUUGCAGCGUACAGACUCCCCACAUCCAUGCCCUGGAAAAGAAAAGGAGUUUUACGAGAAGUAUCCAUCUUCUACAAAUGCAUCGUCAGUGGUCUUCUGGUGGUUGCUUUUGACUAUGGUGCUACUUGUGCCUUUAUGGGUCAUAUACGAUCGUGGAAUUAGGCGAAAUGGUGGUUUUUCGCGCUUUGGUGAAAUCAGGCUUGAUGAUGAUGACCUGAUAGAAGAAAAUGGCCUGGACCGAGCAAUAAACAAAGUUGUGAAGGUGGGCGCGUACGGGGUUGCAGGUCUGUUCGGGUUUCUUCUCUUACUGAAGUCGAAGGCGGGGGCAAGAAUAAGAAGAUUCCGAGAAAGCGUUUCAUCCCGUAGAGGCCCAAGUUAUUCAUCAUUAAUCAGCGACCAAUUUCUAGAUGAUGCUAAUGAUCUAUUGGUCGGCCAUGAUAAUGAUGCCAACAACCUAAACGCUUUUCUUGAUGAGGACGGCCAGCACUUCGAUGUCGAUGACGAGAUUGAGGGCGCAGAUCAGGCUUCCUAUCACGAUGAUGUAGAUUUAGGUCGGACAUCAGAAUAG